GCCAAUGUGGCCGCUCAGAAGACGGAGGCUUCGCCAGGCACUUGGGAGGAGCUUCUCUCCUUGACCGAAAGCACUGACUGUCCAUGCUAUGGUGGAUUUGGUUGCCGACGAGGUGAUGGGGCCUGUGAGGAUCUCGCGAGGCAGUGGGCUGGUGCUGGCGAGGAGCUUUCUGCUUGCCGUCCGGGAUCUUUCCUCUGCCGCGAGGUGCCACCAGAAUUGGAAACUGCGCGGCCGAUAUUCGCCGCUGCACCCGACACUUGUGCCUUCUACUUCCAUCGGAGGGCGGCUUACGAUGGCAAGGUUGACGCCAUGCAUGUCCUGUCGCAUGCCUACAGCAGCGGCUACCGUGGAGCCCCCAAAGACGGUGCACAGGCUUUCUACUGGAGCCAGCAGGCCAUGGCAACUGGUGACCUGCGAGGGCGCUUCGAUGUGGCCUAUUCUAUGGAAAAUGGCUUGGGCACCGAGAAAGACCCGGACCGCGCCUACGAGCUCUAUCAGGAGAUCCUGACCGCUCAGGGCCUCGGCAAGGGCGAGGACCUGGCAGCGCGCGCUGCCUCCUUCCUGGCCUUGCUGGCGGCCUCUGGCCGCGCCUGGGCAGGACGCCACUUGUCCGGGAGCAACCUCUUGCACCGCAGAAUGAACCAGACUCAGCAGAGAUGCGAAGCUUGCAGAGUUAAGGAUUCUUCCGAGCAGGCUAAAACUCCGUCGACAUGGCUUGAUGAACCUACCUGGUGA